UGGGAAAAAAUGUAUACAACUGGAAGAAAUUUGAAAUGUUUGCUUCAUUUGUUCUUAAAUCUUCAUGAGAGAAGGAACAAACAAUUCAACUAAGCUAUUUAACUGCAUGAAAAGGAAAGGACACAUGACAGCCAUUGCAUGAAUUUUAUUUUCCAGAUGUACAUUCAAUAGAAUCAGGAUGUAUCUCUUAUUUUAUGUCUUAUUCUUGUUUGGAAGAACACAUUGUUGGCAAUGUUUAAAUCUCUGUGCCUGUGAGCAGAAAGGACAUGUGGUCAAUGUGGAAUGCACCGAGAGCAAUCUUGAAGAUAUUCCAAUGGACCUCCCAUGCAAUGUCGGCAAGCUUGACGUAAGUAGAAACUUCAUCACCACACUGAAAAGAGGGUCAUUUUCCUGCAAUGGAGAAAUGGUUUCACUUCUUCUUUCGAACAACCACCUAAGCUACAUUGAAAAAAAUGUUUUCGAUGAUGUUCCAAGACUUGUAUUUGUGGUGCUAGAUUCCAAUUUUCUUCAGAUUAUUCCAUAUCUUGGUUCACUGCCUCUCAUUCAUCAAAUAUCUGUCAACCGCAAUUACUUUGCAGAGUGGCAACACUGGACUGUUAGUCCUGGAUCAGAAUUUCACAUUCCAAUACUUGAAAUGGAAUACAAUAGACUCAACAAACUACCGCAAAUUCAAUUCAUAACAUCAGAGUUAUCUCUUAAAGGAAAUCGUAUCUCUGACUUAUCAACAACAAUGCUUUUAUAUCCUAAAGCUAUAUCAUCCCUUGAUAUAUCAUUCAAUAACAUUGAAUACCUGGACAAACUACAAACAAUGAUGAACCUGAAGACACUUUUCCUGGAAUACAACCGCAUACGAAGCAUCAGUGAAUUUGUCUUCACUGAGCUACCAUCUCUUGAAACUAUCAACCUUCGAGGAAAUGUCAUCGUGGAUGCCUCUCCCCUCAGGAAUAUGCCUCAUAUUGAGUACAUCUCAUUACAAGACAACAACUUGCAUUUCGUAGCUAAGCCAGCAUUCACCAACAUUCCAAAUAUACAUACAAUUGAUUUAAGAAACAAUGAAAUUAUUCAUUUCAUUUACGAUUCUUUCUGCCUGACAUCAUUAAGUCUCCUUCUUAAUCAUAACAGCUUGCUAGCAAUGGACAUCUAUCAUGAAACAAAUCAUUCGAAAGUAGAAUUUCUUAAUGUACAUACCAAUAAACUGGAAACUGUCCCCAUCCUUCAUUUUCCUCUGCUGAAAUCACUUUAUGCUGAAUACAAUAGGAUUACAAAUUUACAAUUUGAUGUCAAUGGUCAUCAAAACUUAAGAUAUGUAAACCUGUGUGGGAAUCAAAUAAGAAACAUUACAAACUUUCUAAAUUUGACUGGGCUGAAUUGGCUACUGCUCUGUAACAACUAUUUGACCUUGUGGGAAGAUAGAUAUCUGAUAGGCUCAUCUCAACUUGUUACUCUCAACCUCAGCAAUAAUAGGUUGUCCAUCUUAUCUAGCUUCACUGCUUUGCCAAGACUACAAAAACUAGAUUUGUCUGGCAACAUACUGCACACCAUAGACAAUUCAACCUUUGCCUCAACACCAAUUCUUACUACUCUUAACCUUUCCAAAAAUGAAAUUUCUAACCUUGCUUUUCUUGCUUCUUUGUUUUCAAUCUCUAAGCUCUAUAUUAGUCACAACAGACUUACUGCAAUCAACCCACAAGACUUUUCAAAUCUAAUAAAUCUAAGGACUUUGGAUUUAUCAUUUAAUUUCAUAGUAGAAAUAAAUUUCACAAUGCUGAACUUGCGCUCUCUUCAAACUCUUCUCAUCAGUCAUAAUCAAAUGACCCGCUUUAACUUAGAUCAUCUACUUGAGCAAAGGGCACUUGUUUAUAUUGAUGUUGAAGAAAAUAUGAUAAAAGACAUAUUUUCGGCAGUGCCCAAACAAGUCCAUAUGAACAUUAACAAUAAUGCCAUUGGAAUUUCAAAUUCAAGCUUAAUAUCUGGAAGCAAUAUUUUGGCAUGCAACAACAACUUGAAAGAAUUCAAGCAGAUUAACAUUUCACCUGCAUUAAUAGGGCUUUACUUGAGCAGAAAUCAGAUUGCCUCGAUACCCAAUUUUACUUUCAAUUCUGCAUCUUCACUCUGGUAUCUUGAGUUAGAUGAUAACCACAUAACUUAUAUCGCUCCUUUAGCCUUUGCUGGAUUACUAAAUAUCAAAAGACUGAAAUUAGAGAGAAAUCAUCUUGUAUACCUUCCGUCUGGGGUAUUUUCACAUUUACAAAAGCUCAAAUUUCUCAGACUUGGAGAAAAUCCUUUGAGAUUAACUAUGAAUCAGGCAUUUUCAGGAAUACAGGGUCUCCAGGGUGUAGGUCUUUAUGGCAUACCAUUUUCAAAUAUAUCUAUAAAGAUAUUGCAAGAUUUUAAAAUGGUGGAAUAUUUAGACCUUCAUGAAAAUUUUGCCUUUCAAGGAUUCUUCCUUAGUAACAUGACAACAACUCCCAUUUUUGAAUUUCCAAAUCUCAGAACAAUCAAUCUCUCCUCAAAUGAACUUGGGAUACAUUGUCCAGUGUUGUCUAUGAAAAAUCUGGAAGCUGUUAACUUGUCCAAUAAUUCAUUCACUUCAAUCCCUAAGCAUUGCCUGCCACAGAAUAGUAAAGCAUACACACUGUACUUUUCUAAGAAUAAAAUAACCAGUAUCACUAGAGAUUCAUUUAACAAGCAUCAACAGUUCUGGUUUCUGGAUCUUGGGUACAACAGAAUUGUUUUCUUUGAAUUGGGUGCCUUACAACAUCAGACAUACCUCACUGAUAUCAAUCUUGAGGGUAACAAACUUGUCAACCUUGAUCAUGGGUCCCUAGUAUUCUCUUUGAGGGUAGUAAUGGUGAAUUUACAAAAUAACCCUUGGUCAUGUGAUUGCGACCUUGUCAAAGCAGUUCAUGAAUUUCAUCCAGAAUCAUACAUGUAUAAACCAGUAGUAUGUGAAAAACCUUUACUUUAUGUCAAUUCUAAUUUGCUUGAUUUGGUAGCUUCUAAUACCUUUGCCUGUAGGCUGCAACUGUGCACUAGUCCCAAUCAAACUUUGCUUUCAUUUGUUGGUGAAACAAUGAUCGAGCUACCUUGCCCAAUUGUCACACCCAACUUUAUUUAUUGGUCAGUGACCUUUCGUGGGCAGCAACCACUCUCUAUAAAAGACACCUUUCCAAAAGGGGUAUCUAUUCUUCCCAACCAUGCUCUUCUCAUUACUGACAUUACUGAAGAUAUGAAUGGUCUUUACACCUGCUGGAGUGAGAAUGAAUUUGGGCUAACAAAAUUUACUGUCAAUAUGCUUGUAGAGGAAAACACUGGGAGAGAAGCAAGUUCAAACCUUUCAGUAAUGUUGGCCAGAAAAUGGAAAGACACAUUACCAUGUGGAAACAAAACUCUUGCUUUUAACACUUGUAACAUCAUUAGUACAUCAUAUAAUGUUUUGUUUUCAUUAAUGUUGGCAAUUCAGUCACUACGUUUUUCACAAAGCAUAAUUUAAUAUGGCAGGGUGUAAUCGACUUCAUUAGUGCUACAAAUUUGAUAUGAUGCAAAGACAUUUGUGAACAUGUACCUGCCACAAUGCAACUUCUUGUUUGUACUAUUGUAGAGAUUGUCUUGUUUAGAUUAUUGGGAGAUACCUUUUCUCUAGCAUCC